AGAAUGGAUCUCUGUGUCACAAUCAAAGGUGUGUCAUUCAUCUUGCAAACAGGUCUGGGAAUCCUGGGCAACCUGCUGGUUCUGUUGGCUUAUGCCCACAUCGUCUAUUGCGAGCGCAGACUGCAGCCUGUGGAUAUGAUUCUGUUCCAUCUCGCGUUUGCCAACAUGAUGGUUCUCCUCACCAGAGGAGCCCCCCAAACCAUAACUGAUUUCCAAUUACACAAUCUCCUGGACGACGUGGGCUGCAAGAUAGUCAUAUACUCCUACAGGAUAGUGCGAGCCCUUUCCAUCUGCAUCACCUGCCUGCUGAGCGUCUUCCAGUCCCUGACCAUCGCCCCGGCCACUUCCAGAUGGGCCAACCUCAAGACCAGGUUGCCCAAACUCAUCCUUCCUUCUUUUGGUUUUCUCUGGCUGCUCAACAUGACUGUCUGUAUCGCUGCCCCUGUCUUCUCUGUUGCGCCUCGGAAUGGCACCGUCCCCAAAUUCACCCUCAAUCUUGGUUUCUGCCACGUGAAUUUCCCAGACCAGCUUUCCUACGUUAUCAAUGGAAUAGUCAUCACGGGACGCGAUUUCAUCUUCGUGGGUCUCAUGGUCUUGGCCAGUGGAUACAUCCUCUUGGUCCUACACCGCCACAGCAAGCAGAUGAAAGGGAUCCGGCGCUCAGAUAGGCACCAGAGCUCUACGCUCGAGAGCAGAGCGGCCAAGACCGUCAUUACCUUGGUCAUCCUCUACGUGGUCUUCUUCGGGCUUGAUAACAUCAUCUGGAUCUACAUGCUGACGGUGUCCAGCGUGCCUCCAGUCAUCUCGGACAUGAGGGUCUUCUUCUCCUCCUGUUACGCCGCGCUCAGUCCCUUCUUUAUCAUCAGCUCCAACAAGAAGAUCAAAAGGAGGAUGAGCUGUGCCUCUGAGGAGCCAGAGCAGCAGUCUCCAGCCUCUGAAGUCUCGCACGUCAAGCUGUGAACCGUCACUCCUCUCUGUGCACCUGCUUCUUCCAAUCAUUGCCUCUGGUCACUUUCAUCUCAGGAAUGUAUAUUGGCUAAGAAAUCUUUGAUGCAAACUGUUAUGGCACUAACGCAAAUGCAUCACAGUAAUGUCUCUAAUUACUGUGUAUUUACAUAGUAGUUACUUAGUAAAUACACAUGUACUUACACAUAAUUGCAAUGUAUUAUGCAUAGUUACAAUGUACUUAAUGUGUAAACCUUUUUAAAUGAUAUAACCCUAAUCCUAACACUAAACUUAACCCUAUCACUAACCCUAACCCUAACUCGAAACCUAACCCUAACCCUAACCCCCUAACCCUAACUCGAAACCUAACCCUUUUCUGAUACAAUUGUGUGCUUACAUAUAUUGAUGCAGCUGGUAUUUUUUUUCGUUGAUGUAUUUAUUUUUAAGUGAUAAAUAUGUAUAUUUAGAUUAUUCUAACUGAAAUGGGAAAUUCACAGGGAACUACAAUGGGUACAUUUCAAUCGUGAAAUCUGUGAUAACCGUAAAGAAAAUACAGCCUAAUUUUAAACGAAAGAUAUGUAAAUACAACACGACAGAAUCAGUAAAAUCAAUACAAUGUAUUUAAUAAAAAGUUCAAUAUCCAAGACUGCAGCACAUCAAUACUCAAACAUGAAUGCAGUAACUCCCUAUGAUCUCAAUAGAAUCUCCUCCAGCAGUCAGGCAGAGAACACACACAGGCUGUUGUAUUCUCCCUGCUAUCACAAGUAAUGUUUCAUGAUACUUUGAUUGUUUACAUGAAGCCAAAUACAAAGGGAAAAAAAAAAUCACAGAAAAAGUCAUCAAGAUUCAGCAGUGCAAAUCAUUUCUUUAGAGUUAAAGAAAUAGAUCUUCAUGAAACGUUUGAAGCUUUACCCAAAUAACUAUUUUGACCGAAACUACUUGAUUGUGGUAGUAUGGUGAAUUGUCCCCUUCUUAAAUACUUGCAAUAAAUAAAGUACUACUUGUUUUCAGCCUGGCAGACAGCCUCAAGUUAAUGCAGUGGUGCUAAGUUGUACCAUAUUCACUGCUUAAUAAUGUUGUUGUUGACUCUACCAACCGGCUUUAGUAGGAUAUUAGCAGUAGCACAUUAAAGAAAAACAUUUUUUAUCAGACAGCAAUGACACUGGAAGUGCACUGGAAUUUUUUUUUAACGUAAGUGACUUCAGCCUUGACUUUAUAUCUAAA